CGCGCCUCCGCGCUCGCCUGGCCGCGCUCGAGGGGGACGCGGCGCCGUCGCUCGUGGACGCGCUGCUGGAGCAGGUGGCGCGCUUCCGGGAGCAGCUGCGGCGGCAGGAGGGCGGCGCCGCCCAGGCCCAGCUGCGCCAGAUUGUUUCGAGCCACUGAUGAGGGGAACUUGGUCUGGCUCAGGCCCUCUUUACAGGGUGUGGGAGGUGAGCGAGGACCCGAAGCAGAGGCUGGAUCUUUCUGCCACCUUCUGGGGGAUGCUUGGACUUGUCCCUGGGAGAUCUCUGAAGCAGUUUCUUCAUGGGUGGAUGGUUGAGCCUUCCUCGCCUCCCUCACCUCACUCAGACUGUAUGUUGGAAGGAAGUUGAGAGACUUACUGAGCAACUAGAAGAAAAAGAGAGGGAGUUGCAGCAGCUGAUGAACCAGCCGCAGCACGCCCGGGAGAAGGAACUCAUGCUGCUGCGCAGGAGCGUGGUGGAGAAGGAACAGGCCCGGGCUGCCAGCCAUGUACUAUGCCACUCCUUGGCCGACGAGACCCACCAGUUACGCAGGACGCUGGCCGCCACUGCCCACAUGUGUCAGCAUCUGGCCAAGUGUCUGGAUGAACGGCACACACAGGGGGAUGUGGGGGAGAAGCUCCCCAAGGAGCCAGGGCAUACGGAUGGGGACACCUCUGGCCAGGCUACUGUUGAGAAGUUACAGGAAGAAAAUCGGUUGUUGAAACAGAAAGUGACUCAUGUGGAAGACCUCAAUGCCAAGUGGCAGCGCUACGAUGCCAGCAGGGACGAGUACGUGAGGGGACUCCAUGUGCAGCUGAGGGGGCUGCAGGCACCCCAGGAGUCCGAGAUGAUGAGGAAGGAAAUCUCCCGGCUCAACAGGCAGUUGGAGGAGAAGAUAAAUGACUGUGCAGAGGUGAAGCAGGAGCUGGCAGCUGCCAGGAUGGCCCGGGACUCCGCCCUGGAGCGAGUGCAGAUGCUGGAGCAGCAGCUUCUUGCUUACAAGGAUGACUUCACUUCAGAGAGGGCAGAUCGGGAACGAGCUCAAAGCAGGAUUCAGGAGCUGGAGGAGAAGGUCACCUCCUUGCUGUACCAGGCUUCCCAGAGACAGGACUCCCAGGAGCCAGGCCCCUGCCGGAUUCGUACUAGGAGCAGAACUGCCAAGUACUUAGAAACCGAUGCGCUGGAGCUUGAGGCACCUGGUGACUGGAGGCCUGGACCUGGGUCCACACAGCUGGAGCCCCCUACAGAGGACGUGUGCCUCAGCACUCUUCAGAGAGGGCAGGGCGACCUUCAGUGCCCUCGCUGCCUGUGCUGCUUCAGCGAUGGGCAGGGUGAAGAAUUCCUCAGGCACGUGUCCGAGUGCUGUCAGUGAACCAGGGCUUCAUGUGCCCCUGUGGCCUCCGCCCAGCACAGCUGCCCUGGAGGACAUGGGGGUGCUUUUUGACAUGGCGGGUUGAACUCUACUGAGACAUAGGGCAUCCAGCAUGGGGGAGGAACACUCUUUAAGAGUUCUCUUUGGUCCCCUUUAGGCCACAGCUUAGACUGGGUCCACUGAGCUGCCAGCAGAGCUGGAGACAGACGGGGUCAGGAGCAUCUGGCAGUGGGGGAGUCUUGCCAAGCUGCCCAGCCUUCUGGUGCAGGGACACCUAGAGGCCAGGAGCCUUGCAGCUUAGGAUGCUGCUGCUUGCCAGAGCGGGUAGCUGCCUGUGGGAGGCCAGAGUGCUGUCCCCAGGAUGGAAGGCUCAUCCUGAACCACAGAACAAGGUGCCCCUCACUGCCCAGCCCUGUGCAGCACAUACGGUCCCCCUAGGGACUCUUCUGAACCAGCGAAGCCGCGGCCCCACACAGAGCACCACUGCAUUGCAGCAACAUUUAUCAUGCAUCCAGAAGUUAAAGUACAUUUACUUUAUGUUCACUUAUUUUCAUAAUAAAUGUACUCACUGCUGUGA